CAUAGAGUCGGGGGGCGGGGCCAGAGCGGCCACGGGCAACAUGGCGGCGGCCAGGCUCCGCUCCCUGUGCCGGCAGCUGGCGGUGCCAGUGAUCCCCUGGCGUGGGUACCGCGGGGAUUCCCCAUCGGAUUCCGGGAAGGACGUGCUGGAGAUCCCGCUGCCCCCCUGGCAGGAGCGUCCCGAGGAGCCGCUGGACACCAAGAGGGCCCGGCUGCUCUACGAGAGCAGGAAAAGGGGGAUGCUGGAAAACUGCAUCCUGCUCAGCCUCUUUGCCAAGGAAAACUUGGGCAGGAUGAGCGAGGAGCAGCUGAACCGCUACGACCGGCUCAUCAACGAGCCCAGUAACGACUGGGACAUCUAUUACUGGGCAACUGGUGCGUGGGGACACCCCUUGGGACACCAGGAUGGGCCCCUGGGAGAUCAGGAUGGGUCCCCAGGACCCUGGGAUGGACCCCUUGGGGAUGGAGAUGGGUCACUGGAACACUGGGAUGGGCCCCUGGAAGACCAGGAUGGGUCCCCAGGACCCUGGGAUGGACCCCUUGGGGAUGGAGAUGGGUCACUGGAACACUGGGGUGGGCCCCUGGAAGAUGGGGAUGGGUCACUGGGAGACCAGGAUGGGUCAGUGGGACACCAGGAUGGUGCUCCAAGCUCCACGUUCCCGGUGCUCUGGGACUCCCCGGAGUCCCGUUGUUGCGGUUGCCGGGAGACCGAGUCGCAUUCCGCGGCAACAUUCCACACCCUCUCGGCCGGCCGGGAAGGCCGGGAGCCGCUGCCAGCACCUCCAGCCAUGGCGUAG